AUGCUGACCCUUCUUGCAGACUCCGAGGCACCCAUCAUCGUGCUCUCGGCCAAAAAGCACUUUGAACAAUUGCCCACCAACGACGCCAAACUCUAUGCCCACUAUCUUUCCAGAGCUUCCCACUGGGGUUCAAGAGCUGUCUUGAGAUCCGUGUCUCCAGAGAGUGAGGCCAUUUUCGAUUUGAUCUUGGGCUUGCACGUGGCAUUGGGACUGCCAGAAUCCAACGAAAAGUAUCAGGAGGUCUUGAAGCCUGUGGCUGCCGAAUCGGUGACCCACUACCUCGAGUACGCUUCCCAGUUCUUGGGUAACUUGGGUAACUUCAAGUCCUUCGGUGACAGCAAAUUCGUCCCAAAGGUUCAGGAAUCCGACUUCACCGCUAUCGUCAAGGCUGCUGGUAAACAGGAGCUCGUGGACUUAUACGAGACCGUCAAGGAGGCUAUCUACUCGACCAACCCCGCAUUGUUGGGGUGGCCUGAAAAGGGCCAGUUGUCCAACUACUACCCUAACAGUGCUUCGGUCAUCACCAAGGACGAGAUCGAGGCCAUCAAUGCCGCCUUGGCUGACCGUUCCAUCAUGCCUGAGAACACCAGAGUGACCAAGAAGUCCGAUAAGGAAUUCGUGGUUCUCGUGGCCAGUGCUGUGUCCGACAACACCGUGGACUACUACCCCAAGGAGGCCAUUGAGCUCGCUCUGGGUGCUCGCGUGACGAUCCAGUUCGGUGACCACUCCAAGGAGUUUGCAGAGAUCACCAAGAACAUCAAGGAGGCUGGAAAGCACGCCGCCAACGAUACACAGAAGAAGAUGAUCGAGUACUACGCUCAAUCGUUCGAAACCGGUUCCAUGAAGGCCCACAAGGACUCGCAGAUCCAGUGGGUCAAGGACUUGGGUCCUCUGGUUGAGUCCAACAUCGGCUUCAUUGAGACCUACAGAGACCCUUCGGGUGUUCGUGGUGAGUGGGAAGGUUUGGUGGCCAUGGUGAACCAGGACAGAACCGCCAAGUUUGCCACUUUGGUCGAAAACGCCGGUACCUUGAUCCCAUACUUGCCUUGGGACCACUUCUACGAGAAGGACACUUUUGUGCCUCCAGACUUCACUUCCUUGGAGGUGUUGACCUUCUCCGGAUCUGGUGUUCCAGCCGGUAUCAACAUUCCUAACUACGACGACGUCAGAUUGAAUGUUGGUUUCAAGAACGUCUCGUUGGGUAAUGUGUUGAGCGCUAACCCUAAAAAGCCAAAGAAGGAGGAGGUGAUCAGCUUUGUCUCGGCCUCUUUACAAGAGAAGUUCCGCAAGUGGAGAGACGACUCUUUCGAAGUCCAGGUGGGCUUGCACGAGUUGUUGGGCCACGGUACAGGUAAGUUGUUGCAGGAGACUUCUCCAGGCCAGUUCAACUUUGACAAGGCUGCUCACCCCGAGCUUUCCACCUACUACAAGCCUAGCGAGACGUGGGGCUCUUUGUUCGGCACUACAGCCGGCUCUUUUGAAGAGUGCCGUGCCGAAUUGGUCGCCUUGUACCUUAUCUUGUCCAAGCCUCUUGAGGUGUUGCCCAUUUUCGGCAUCAAGGACGCCCAGGACCAAAAGGACGUGAAGCUUAUCGCUACGCUCUUGAUGGCUCGUGCAGGUGUUAUUGGUCUUGAGUUCUGGGACCCUGAGUCGAAGAAGUGGGGCCAGCCUCACAUGCAAGCUCGUUUCGGUAUCUUCAAGAGCUUGCACAAGGCCGGUGUGGUGUCGCUCAAGUACGACGACAAGGAGACGUUCGACGACUUGGAGAUUGUGGUGGACGAGUCCAAGUUGGACAAGGAAGCCGUGGAGGCGCUCGGAGACUUCUUGCACAAGUUGCACGUUUUCAAGUGCUCCGCCAACGUCAAGGAAGGUGUGGCUUUCUACAGCGACAUCACAGGUGUUACCGAGGACUACGCGAGAUACAGAGACGUCGUACUCAAGAAGAAGCAGCCUCGUAAACAGCUCAUCCAGGCCAACACGUUCUUGAACAGUGACGGCAGCAUCGAGGUGCGUGAGUACGAGGAGUCGGAGGUCGGCAUGAUCCAGUCGUUCUCUAAUCAGAUCAACAUCCACAGAAGUUUACAUAGACUCACCGCCUUUCAGCAUUCUUCAUAUGCGCCUACCGGAAUAUUUAAUGAACGUGGUUUCCAGAACCCAAGCAUACAAAACAGAUGGUAUUCCCAGAAGGAGAGAAACCAGGAGUUGGUCGAAAGCUUGGCCUCAAGCCCGUCGGUGAAGCUGCAUCUUGAAAUAGCACAGCUUCGUAAGAAACAGAUUAGAGCCGAGGAGAAGGAGCAGAUGAAGAACAACAAGAUCGAUUUCCGCAAGAACAUGAAAACGAUAGCCCGGAUCUUGAAGUUGGGAAGACCCGACCUCAAGCUUUUCUUCUACGCAUUGGGUUUCAUUCUCUUUGCCGUUUUAUACCCAACAACCUCGGUUAAGCUUGUGGGAGCUGCUAUAGAUGCCUUCAAUGCGGGCGAUAAGGACGCCGACGGCGAUUUGGUCAUUUGGGGCUAUAAAUAUUCUACUGUUUUUUCAGUUAUGGUUCCAUUUAUGUGUGUCAGUGCAGCAUGCUUCUGGGCUCGUAUUUGGGUACUCAAGGUGCUAGGUGAGAGGCUUGUGGCAAGGCUCCGACUCCGUGUGAUGAAGCACUUGUUGAGACACGAUUCUGCGUUUUUCGAUAACGACAAGCACAAGGCGGGCGACUUGAUUUCCAGACUUUCCAGUGAUGCAUAUGUGGUUUCCCGAUCGAUCACAAGCAAUCUCCCAGACGGCUUGAAGAACUUGCUUUUCGGGUUCAUCAGUUCGUACAUGAUGUUCACAAUUAAUCCUCUUUUAUUUGGCGUCAUGUUGUUGAUCUCGCCUCCCAUUACCUUCGGUUCUGUGUGGUACGGUGAAAAGAUCCGUUCGUUAUCCACUAGACUCCAAAAUGCUACCGCAGGUCUCACCAAAGUCAGUGAAGAGACCCUCAACUCGGUGAAACUCAUCCAAGCUUUCACCGGUGAACAGAAGGAAUUGACAAAGUACUCCACGCAACUCAGAAACGUCGUCAAUGUUGCAAGAAGAGAGGCCUUGGCUCAGUCAAACUACUCCGUCUCGAUCUAUUCCCUCUACCAUUCCGGCUACUUGUCUUGUAUUGCGUUGGGUGUUUACUUGAUCAUCAACGGCCAGAUGACUACUGGUGACGUUGUGGCUUUCACGAUGUACUCCGAGUUGUUCAACCUGGCACUUUACAGUCUUACAACGACGUACAUGGAGCUCAUGAAGGGUUCCGGUGCCGGUAUCAAGCUUUUCGAGUUGAUUGACCACGACAACGACGUUCCUGCAAUUCAAGGUGAAAAGCUUCCUCCACACUUGAACAACAGCAUCGAGUUCAAGGACGUGGUGUUCAGCUACCCUACAAGACCAAACGACCUCAUUUUCGACGGCUGCUCAUUCACAGUGCCUGCUUCUUCCAGCACCUGUUUUGUUGCACCUUCGGGAUGCGGAAAGUCUACAGUCGCAACGCUCAUUCUUAGAUCUUACAACCUCAACAGCGGUGAGAUUCUCAUUGGUGGACGCAACAUCAACGACUUCCAAGUACGUGAGCUCAGACGUGAGGUUAUUGGUAUUGUACAACAAGAGCCUAUUCUUCUUUCAGGAACCAUUCUUGAGAACAUUGUCUACGGCUUGACGCCUAACCAAAUCAGCAAGUUGACGAUGGAUGAUAUAGAGGAGGUCUGCAAGCAAGCGAACUGUCAUGACUUUAUCGUGGCGUUCCCUGAUGGCUAUGACACGAUGAUUGGGUCCAGAGGAGCAUCUCUUUCUGGAGGCCAGAAGCAGAGAAUUGCUAUUGCCCGUGCUUUAGUCAAGAGACCCUCAAUUCUCAUUCUAGACGAGGCCACCUCUGCUCUUGACUCCAAGCUGGAGAGUCUCAUCAACGAAACACUCAAGGACUUGACUUCGCAAGGUAAGAUGACCAUCAUCUCCAUUGCCCACAGACUCUCGACGAUUUCGAAGUCGGAGAACGUUAUUGUUCUUGGAAAGCACGGCAAGGUGGUGGAGCAGGGUCGCUUUGUUGAGCUUUUCAGUAACCCCUCCUCUGAAUUGUCCAAGCUCUUGGACGAGUCGUCUGUCAAAGAAUACGAAGACAACAUGACCGAGGACGAGGUUGAGGAGCAGGAGAGAAAGGACCACGAGAGUGAACAGAUUGAGAAGAGACAGAAGGAAGGGUCCGAGGUGGACAUCAUCCGGUCGUUGAUCGACGACUUGCCUUACGACAUCCGUGUGCAGCUCAUUGGCCAGUUCUCCAAGGAGCUCGAGGAUGAGAAGAAGACGAUAGCCUCUGAAACGUCGAUGCGUCCGGGCCAGGAGACGUCUUAG